AUUGAAACAAUGUCAACAUCGGGUGCCAAUGGAUAUAUCUAACAGAAAAAAAAAUUGAUGAAAUAGUUUUCUUAUCGAACUUGGUUCUCUCAAACUCCGAUAGAUAACUAAUUUUUGUCUGAUACUACUACACGAUCAAUGCGAGGUGCCUUCCAAUUUCCCAUACAACAAACAAUUUUGUCGCGUAAUCAGAUAUCGGUUGAUAGGACUCUAAUGGUUUUCUUUUGAAAAGAUAAUCGAGUUACUUUUCAAAAUUAUAUAGAGUGAAGAAACUCGCGCGUUUAAAGAUUUUAAAAGGGAUGUAUGUAAUUUUAAACUUAGAAGAUAUGCAAAGUAUAUCAUGUGCUGUUAAACAACUUUAUACUUAUACGUAAAUGAUGUCUAAGAUCCCACGACAAGUUAAAAUAUUUAUAGGCCCUUUGUGUAUUAACCCAUAGCAAUUGAAUACUGUAAUACAUAUAUUACUUUAUUUUCUCCCUGCUAUCGGAUAAUGGUUAUCUCAUACAUAGAAGUCACCAAAUGACAGAAUACAAAGGUAUGUCUAGUUAAAGCUACAUGCAUUAAUGCAUAAACUAUGCUGUUAGGCUAUUAGGGUUCCUAAUGGUCUUGCUUUCCUUCUAUGCCAAAUAUAUUAAUACAUUUUGUACAUCUUUGACAACUUGACAUAUUUCUGUUUCGCAGGAUAUUGUUUUUUUUUUUGUUACCUUGAUCAUAUGAAGAUAUGGUUUCUAGAAUAUCAGUGGAUAAAAACCAUAUUAGAAAAAUGCCGUACGCUGAUUUUAGUUAGUAUAUGUCUUCGCCGAAAAAUAUAAUCAAACGUUGACAGAAUGAUGCACAAUUAUUAGUUUGUGUUAAGAAAAAAAAAGAAACAGAAUUUUUUUUUUUUUAAAACAGAAUUUAGCUACCAUGAUAAUAAAUACGUUUAAAUAUAAUGAAUGGCAUCCCUCAACCGCAAAGUUUCUUAUUAUCAAACAAAAUCACUCUCAGUAAUUUAAUAUGUGGUUUAUUAUUGAGCUAUAGCACAAAACCUAAAUUCUUCCAUAAUAUAUAAAAUAUAUCUGUUAAAAAUAUAAAAUUAUAUAUCUUAUCAUAUAAGUUCUCCUUUUUAAUUCGUCGCAUUAUUUCUAUUUACAGUUGUGAAUCUAAUAUAUUAAUUCAAGUUCAUAUUUUUCAUCUACCAUUAACAAGUCAUAUUAGGACCACUUAAAUAAUUAAUUAAUAUGACAUAUUUAAUUAUUGACAUUAAUAAUAAACUAACAAUAAAUUUGAAUUUAAUUUUUUUUUUAAUUAUAACAAAUCUGUUGAGAAAUAAUCUAACAAAAUCUUACCUAAAAUUUUAAAUAUUUUUAUAAAAUAACAUAUUAUUUCAAAUUUUUAUAAAAUAUGAAACUAUAGAUAAUAAAGAAUAACUUUUUGAAAUGCACCACGAAAAAAUAAACAAUAUAUGUUGUAAAACUUAAAGCAAUCUAAUAUUCUGAAAUCAUAACUAAAAAAAACUUAAUAUCAUAACAUCCAAAAAUAUCUUAUAUCAAUAAAACUUACUGAAAUAACAUAAUAAAUGCUAUUAUGUAUAAAAUUUACUAAUAUCAUAGGGUUAUAUUAUUUAAACAAAAUAGUGGUUUUACUUAUGAAUCCCGUAAAAUACUAAAAUAAAAUAUAUUAGAUAAUUUUUAAACAAACAUGUAAAUAUUAAUUAUCUAACAUAUUAUUUUCUAUAAUAUAAAUAAAUAAACUUAAAAAUGUAUUAUAGCAAAAUGUACAAAUAAAGAAAAAACAUAUUUUGAAGGAUGUUAUAAUAAUAUCAAAUACAUUUAUAAAAUUAAAAAAUACGUGCGGAUAAAAAUCUGAUUAUUUUAUUAUAAUAUAGUAAGCGAUCGACAUAACUCGUGAUAAGAUAAUAUAAUUUUCGUUUCCCAUCAUCCUAAACUUAAGCUAUAUUAAUGGUCCACAUUCUAUAGAGGUCAAGCAUGUGACAUUACAAUAUUGUCUAUGCACAAACAAUAAAAUUCUUAUUCCAAAUCUAUACCAUAAACUCAUAAAAUCUUUCAUUUAAAACGAAUUAUGGAGGCAAGCUUUACUUUUUCGCGAAACUAUAAUUUUCCUCUCAACUACAUGAAUAGGGUGGUCCAAUAAAUUAUUGUGUAAAAUUUUUAAAUGUGUAUUAAAUGGGUAUAUUCCAUAUAAUUCUUCUCACUUUAUUGCAAGCAUCAACAUCUUCCAAUUUUUUUUAUAGAAAGCGUACCAUAAUUUUGAAUAUAAUUCCGUGACAACUUGAUAUUAAUCUUUACUUAAUCUAUGCAUUGGUUUAGUGAAAGAAAAAAUAGAGACGAAAUUGGAAGUAUAUAGAAAAUGUAAGGGUCAUUUUCUUGUAUUAUUGGUCAAAGACUCAAACAAUUGGAAACUCAGUUUUAUAAUAUAUUAAUAUCGUACAUUUUACACCGAACCGUCAAGUGGAUUCAACUCUGACGAAGAUAGUCAUCUUUAGCGAUUUUCUCACUAACUGAUUACUUUUUUUUUCCGACAACUGAUUACUUUUUUUUUUGUUUAUAGUUUAGAUGAAAUAGUGAUUCUCUAACAUCCAAAUUUAAAUUAAAUAAGCUUUGACAUUUGUUGUUGAACCCUUAAAUUUAAGAAACGACGCGAGUCAAUUUGUUACGCUAUGUUUUUAUAGUUAGGAAUAUAAUUCUCUAAUACGUCUCAAAUCUUAUCUUAGAAACUCAAUUUCUGAUUAGUUGUAUCUAACAAUCAAAUAACAUGUAUUGCAAAUCUAGAAAGUCAUUUUCAAUGUAUAGUGCAUAUAACAACUAUAUAUUAAGCCAGUCUUUUAUGGACCACAGUUCAGCCUAAAAAGAAUUUCCAGCUAAUGUAUAAGUCUUGUAGCUUAUCAUUUUUAUUUGAUAUAUGUGAAGUUCGUCAAUAAUCAAUUAAGUAAAAUCCUGUACAAAUGAGAUGUUUCAAAAACGUAGAAGAUGCGCAGUGAACCAACUAUUUGCUGAUGUAACAAAACUUAGGAAAUAGUAGAAUUAACAAACAAGAAAAUUAUAUACAAUAUUAUUUUUCAAUAUAAGCUGAGAUGCAUGCAUUCAGCAAACGUGAAGAAAAAAAAUCCAGAUAAAGGAUAACUUAUUUUUUGUAAAGCCCCAAGUCAAAAUACAAAUAAACGAAAACGUGAGUAAAAUAACAAGUUUCCAUAUACAUCCCUGAUUCAUAGUUUCUCACAAUGUUGUGUGUGUGCAUGUAUUCCCCACAAGGCCACAAACGAAAAUAAUAAUCAUAAUAAUAAUAUUAAAAUAAUAAUUCCAAAAUAGACACCAAAAAAUUAAUUUUCGAAAUUUAUAUUACUUUGUAGUAUUUCAUAAAUGAAAAUAAAAAACUGUUGCCAGUAGGAAGACGGGGUCAUAACAAUGACAUAAUGGCUGGUCAAAAAAACCGCCAAAACUGUUCUGUUUUUAUUUGGAGAAGAAAAAAAACUUAACUGUUCCUUAAUCACUUGUCUAAGCUUAAUUAGCCACUUAAUAUGAAACUUAUAAACACGCCUUUCACAUAUCGACAGCACCUUCUUCAUCUCCUUUCUCUCUCUCUCUCUCUCUCUCUCUCUCUCAAACCUGCAAACAUGGCUGUUCCUUUGAUCCUCAAGAACCAAACAGAUCACCGACAAGAUCCUCACCCGAACACCACGACCCAUCUCUCCUCUACGCUUCAAGAAGCCAAAUCAAUCGCCAAAAUAUCCCUCCCGAUGAUCUUAACCGGUUUACUCCUCUACUCUCGCUCGAUGAUCUCAAUGCUCUUCCUCGGCCGUCUCAACGAUCUCUCUGCUCUCUCCGGCGGCUCGCUCGCCCUCGGCUUCGCCAACAUCACCGGCUACUCUCUCCUCUCCGGUCUCUCCAUCGGCAUGGAACCCAUCUGCGUCCAAGCCUUUGGCGCCAAAAGAUUCAAACUUUUAGGCCUCGCUUUGCAAAGAACCACGCUUUUGCUCCUCCUCUGUUCUCUCCCCGUCUCUAUCCUCUGGCUCAACAUCAAGAAGAUUCUCUUAUUCUUCGGACAAGACGAAGAGAUCUCGAACCAAGCUGAGAUCUUCAUCCUCUUCUCUCUCCCUGAUCUGCUUCUUCAAUCUUUAUUACAUCCUAUCCGUAUUUACCUCCGGUCUCAAUCCAUCACUCUUCCUCUCACAUACUCUGCUUUCUUCGCCGUGAUCCUCCACAUUCCGAUCAACUACCUUCUUGUUUCUUCCCUUGGUCUCGGCCUCAAAGGUGUAGCCUUGGGAGCGAUAUGGACUAAUGUGAAUCUCCUAGGGUUUCUGAUCAUCUAUAUCGCGUUUUCGGGUUUAUAUGAGAAGACUUGGGGAGGAUUCUCUAUUGAUUGUUUUAAAGGAUGGAGAUCGCUAAUGAAACUAGCGAUCCCUAGUUGUGUAUCAGUUUGUUUAGAAUGGUGGUGGUACGAAAUAAUGAUUCUUCUUUGUGGACUGUUACUUAACCCGCAAGCAACCGUCGCGUCUAUGGGAAUCUUGAUCCAGACCACUGCUUUGAUCUACAUUUUUCCUUCCUCUCUUAGUGUGAGUGUCUCUACACGCGUAGGGAACGAGCUAGGCGCGGAUCAGCCUGAAAAAGCAAGGACAGCUGCGAGAACUGGACUCUGGUUAAGCCUAGGGUUAGGUUUACUCGCCAUGUUUUUUGCCUUGAUUGUGAGGAAUUAUUGGGCUAGAUUGUUCACGGGUGAGGAGGAGAUUCUGAAGCUGACUUCCAUGGUUUUACCGAUCAUCGGUCUUUGCGAGCUAGGGAACUGUCCUCAGACCACAAUGUGUGGAGUUUUGAGAGGAAGUGCUAGACCUAAACUAGGAGCAAACAUAAACUUGUGUUGUUUCUACUUUGUGGGAAUGCCUGUGGCUAUAUGGUUAAGUUUCUUUAGUGGGUUUGACUUCAAGGGACUGUGGUUAGGUAUGUUUGCAGCUCAGGGAUCGUGCCUGGUUUCGAUGUUGGUUGUGUUGGGUAAGACUGAUUGGGAAGCUGAGGUUCAUAGGGCGAAAGAACUCAUGACUAGAACAAGUGAUGGAGAUGGUGAAGAUGAUAAUGGUAGUGGAAGUAAUGCAAUGCCGUUUUUGUUGGAUUCUUUGGAUAUAGAAGAAAGUGGGAACUAUAGGCAUUUGAAUCUGUUUUGAUUUAUUGUAGCACUAACGAUAUUUGUUUUCAUUGUAAACUCUCUAAUUGAUUAUUUUAGGAAGGAAAUACUUCAAACAUUUGAUCGUUGGAUUUUUUAAAUAUAAUGUAAAAUAUGAUUUGUGAGAUA